CAGGGCAGGGUUGGGGGCACAGCAAUUCCCCAGCUGGAAUUCUCCAACUGGAAAGUUUCGGCAGGCGAAUAGUUAAUGGGAGGAGGAGGAGGAGGAGGAGGAGGAGGCGGCAGGUUGUUCCCAGUUCUCCCAGCACAGGGCACAGGGCUCCAGGCACAGCAAUUCCCCAGCUGCUCUGCAGUAUUCCCGCACAUCCCCGCGGGUUUUUCCAGCCCUUUGGGAGCGAGGGAGUUGCUGCAGGAUCCCGAUAAUGGUUAACCCGGGAGCGGGGACGCGCCGCUGAAGGACAAUGGCACCCGCGCCCAUCUCUGCCGUGCUGCCGUGUCCCGGCUAAUUCCGCACCAGUGGCAUCCCUGCUCUGCUUCCUGCACAGCAUCCAAAGGUUGACACGGGCUUGCUUCACUGCAGCUUUCUGUUCAGAUGGAUGGAACCCUCCCAUCAAGGUUGUUUACCCAGUAAAUGGAUCCCUGAGGAGCUCCAAGGCAAAAAAAAUAAUCUCUUGGGAGCUGAUUUCCUCAUGUUUUUCUUUGAGCUGCUGAAAGAACAUCCCAGGAAAGUGGAGGAGCCCUGCACCUAACACAGAGCUCUCCUUUCUGGAAUGAGGCACCAUUCCAGCAUGAGCUCCAGUGCAUACCAGAAUUUUGAUACCAAGUGCUUCAAGGAUAAAGACUUCAUGUAAUUGCUGUGGGAUUCAGGACUGCUGCACUCUCAUUCUUCUGACUGUUCACCAAGAUAAAGGCAAGGAAAAAACCACAGUGGAAAAUCUCCUGUGCUAAUAGUGCUGUAAAUUGGUUAUUUCAGAAUGCCAGUGCUGGCAGUUGUGUUCUUAUCUCAGGAUUAUCUGAAUGUUUAAUUGGACUAUGAUAAGAAGACAGGAUCUGCAAGUGAAAGAUGAACCCACUUCAUGCAAAGAAAGCAAGAUUUUUAAUGUGUGCUGCUGUCUGUAUGUUCAUCUACACCUUCAUCUACCUAAAGGUUCCACUUUAUGAUGAGUCAAACGACCAAAAAUUCAAAAGAGCAGAGUGUGGUUUUUACCCUGAUGAACUUUGCUCAGCUCUUUUCGUGGGGAAACCUGCAGCCUUCAAAAUUGGAAACUUUUGUCAGAAGUCCUACCAGGCCAAAGCACUCAGCUGCAUUCAGACAUCCUGCAGCUGCUCCACAGUCCUGGAAACUCUGCAUUUCAUCACCAGACCACUGUCAGAGGAAGAAGGAAAUUUCUCCUUGGCGUACAUUAUUACAAUUCACAAGGAGCUGGAAAUGUUUGUGAGGCUGCUCAGAGCUAUUUAUAUGCCUCAGAAUAUUUACUGCAUCCACAUUGAUGAGAAGUCACCCAGAGAUUAUAAAACUGCUGUACAGAACAUCGUUAACUGCUUCGAAAAUAUUUUUAUUUCCUCAAAAAGAGAACAUGUUGUCUAUGCAGGCUUUUCAAGAUUACAAGCUGAUAUUAAUUGCAUGAGAGACCUGGUCAACUCCAAAGUCCAGUGGCAUUAUGUUAUUAAUCUGUGUGGUCAAGAUUUUCCCUUGAAAACAAAUAAAGAAAUCAUACAAUACAUCAAAAGUAAGUGGAAUGGUAAAAAUAUCACCCCUGGGGUAGUGCAGCCCCUGCAUGUGAAGCACAGGACAGAGGUGAGCUACAGGGAGUACACCCACUCUGGGGUGCCCUACGUGUACCCAGCCAAGGCCAGGAAAGCUCAGCCUCCACACAACCUCACCAUUUAUUUUGGCAGUGCCUAUUACAUCCUCACCAAGGACUUUGUGGAGUUCACGCUGAGGGAUGCCCGGGCCAAAGCUCUGCUGGAGUGGUCCAGGGACACCUACAGCCCUGAUGAGCACUACUGGGUCACCCUCAACCGUCUGCCUGAUGCUCCUGGGGCUACACCCAAUGCAGGCUGGCAAGGAGACCUAAGAGCCAUUAAAUGGAAAGAUCAAGAAGGACUCUCACACAAAGGCUGCAAAGGUCACUAUGUCAGAGACAUCUGCAUUUAUGGCCUGGGGGAUCUGCAGUGGAUCAUUGAGUCCCCCCACCUGUUUGCCAACAAGUUCGAGGCGGGCAGGGAGCCGCUGGUGCUGCAGUGCCUGGAGCGGCGGCUGCGCCUCAAGGUGCUGAGCCAGGCACAGGUGCCAGUCCUGCAGCACUGGCGCCUGCAGCAGCACAGCCACUUCAACAUGCAGCUGGGAGCCUGAGCACAGCCCUCUGCUCCAGGGAUCUGCAGCAUCCUGGCAGGAAAACAGGGCUCAGUCUGUGCAGGGAGGGUAGAGCACAGUCCUGCGCUCCCUAAAUCUUCUGUUUAUUCCGGCGGCAAUGGGUUAAUUCCCAAAGAAUGUCUGAAUCUCUGCUGAAGACAAGGGGGGAGCUUCAUCAUCUAUUAAGUGACUUAUUAGCUGGAGAAGUCAAUAUUCCAGCAUGACUAACUGGCAUGAAAAUAACAGGAUGGAAGCAGUGACUGAACCAAGAUAAAAUACGGAGAAAUAACAAAUUGAAGUCGUGGCCACCGAAUUUCUCAUGAAAUGCUUUGAAUAAUGAAGUUGAUGCUAAAAUUUCACAGCUUGUACAUCAGUGACAACCAGUUUGUGACACAGCCCAUGCCACUGGGGGGUGUGGGUUUGUUUUUAUUUCCCCUGACCAGCUGCAUCCCUAAUUUCAUUUUGUAGCAUGGCAACAUCACUGCUGCCCUUCCCAGGCUUUGCUCCUAAUAACAGGAAGGUUCCUGCAACACAUGUUUGUCUCCAAGUCUCUGUUUUGAAUCUCUGCAGGAGUUUAGGGCAAGGAGACAGAGAAAAUUGGAGGCCAGGGAUUAUAGGAAAACUGAGCAAAAAGACAUUUUUCAAACAUUUUUCCAUCCCAGUGCACCUGACAGAGAGAAUCAAACAGCCUGCAGCAAGUGCAGUAACACCUGAACAACCCACUUAAUUAGAAACUGCAAAUUGUAAGUAAAAAAUAAAUAAAUAAAAAUAAAUUUUAAAAUUAACAAUGUCAAUGUAAUCUUCAAUAUGCACCCAAAACAUCCCUGAGUUUUUACAAGAAAACUGGUGACAGAUUGAGCUCAUUCCCAAAAAAAAUCAACUGACAUGAAAGUUUCUUGUUACAAACUUAUUCCCAGGUUGCUGGAACUUUACUCCUCGUUUUCCCACACAAGUUUAUUGGAAACAUCAUUUCUUGCAAAUGAACUUUAACCUAAAGAAAGGCCAUCUGGUCCCUAUUUAUUUACAAACUCGACCCAAAGGCGUGUGCUCAGUUUCAUGGAUAAUCCAGCACUUAUCCUGUGGCUAAAUAUUGCUGCAGAUACUUUUUAAAUUUUUUUUUUAUGGAGGGAAAUAAAGCUAAAAAAGAAAAGGAAAAUAAAAGCUGGGCACAUGUUCAUGCUGAGCUUGUUGAGAGUCUCUCUCCAAACCAUUAGUGAAGCUAAUGGGUCUCUGGCAUGUAUUAAUCAUAGCAAUAUUCAUUAUUAAUUUCUGCCCAGUCCACUGUAGGCACUGCCAGGAUUUAUCCACUCCAUGAUGUCUUUUAAAACAGACAGUUCCUUAUUGCAAUCACUGCAAAUCCAGUCUCCAGCUUUCACCACACAGAACUAUUGUUAUGCAUCACUUCCAAAUUGAAUUAAAAUGAAAAAUUCAAUAGCCAGACACUGUAUAUCAUGGAAAUUAAACCAGGCAAAAAGCCUGCACAAAAAGGACUCUGAAAAUACAAUUUUGGGAUGACUUGGAAUAUCUUUGCAGCCUGAACUUCUAUGCUUAAAGGAUUUUGUAUUUGAAACUACAUCUUAGAAAAAUCAUCAUUAAACAUUCUCAAGUAAUAAGAAA